AUGACGCUCGGAAGCAUUGCCAGCCGGUGGCGCGAGCUCCAGGGCGCGGACUCGUGGUCGGGGCUGCUGGACCCGCUGGACCUCGACCUGCGCACGAACCUCAUCACCUACGGCGAGCUCACGCAGGCCACCUACGAUGGGUUCAACCAGGAGAAGCGGUCGCCGCACGCCGGCGCGUGCCUGUUCGGCUACUCUGACCUGCUGGCCAGCUCGGGCGCCGCGGCGGCCGGGAGCUACACCAUCACCAAGUUCAUCUACGCCACGUCGGCGCUCCCCGUGCCCGAGGCGUUCCUGCUGCUGCCGCUGCCGGACCUGCUGCCGGAGUCGUGGUGCAGGGAGUCCAACUGGAUGGGGUACGUCGCCGUCGCCACCGACGAGGGCGUCGCCGCGCUGGGCCGCCGCGACAUCCUCGUCGCGUGGCGCGGGACCAUGCGCAGCCUCGAGUGGGUCAACGACUUCGACUUCACGCCCGUGCCCGCCGCGCCCGUUCUGGGAUCCGCCACCGCCGCCAACCCGGCCGCCUUGGUGCACCGGGGGUUCCUCUCCGUGUACACGUCCAGCAACCCGGACUCCAAGUAUAACCAGACCAGCGCCAGAGACCAGGCAAGUGUUAGCUCCUACUGCUACUCUAUAUAA